UUUCUUUUCAGGAUUACAAUGACGACAUCAGACAAGAACAAAUGUGGGAGAUGCAGGUUCUCAGCAGCCAGAAGAACAACGGCAACACUGGGCCCGGAGCAGCCACUCGAAUGGAAGAAGGCGGUGCUGGGCCUGAAGGAGGAGGGGAAGACAGGUUGAGGGCGGAGUCAGCAGCAGAGGCAGAUACGCAGGCUGGACCAAUGGAUCAUGAGGAACAUCACGACCAUCCUGCACUCAGAGGGAUAGAUACAGUGGACGUGAUCGCAGAUCCCACCGGCGGCACCACAGGUACAACUCCCACCAGCAUUCUCUCCUCCUGCCCAGGCGACACCCUGCUGCCUCCGGCCGCGGCAGCUGCAGCAGCAGCCGGCAUGAUUCUCGGCAACCAUCGCAAGAGGCCGCUGCUAUCGGGCGGAGGCGGCAGAGGCGGUGCCUCCUCGAUGACACCCACCAAACGCACCGUCAUGGGCCUCUUGGCCCGAGCCAGAGCAGCGCAGGCCAAGAACUUCCCGUUGGCUGCUGCGACCGCGGCAUCGGUGGCCGCUGCCGCUACGGCUGUCAACGGGGCUGCCACGGGAUUCAGGAGUCCGCAUCAACCGCCAGCAUUCGAUGAGCAUCCUCCUACCUUGGUCCCACUGCUACGAGAAGAUUACAUGAGUGCAGUCAACCUAAAUCUAAUUUAAUCUGGUAGAAAUAUAUGCUCAAAAAUUGAAACUUGGUUGAAAUGGAUGCAUUUUGUAUUACUUCUAAAUAUAAGCGCACAUCUUAAUUAUUAUUUGUUUUUGAUAUUGGUAAUAUUAAGGUCUGGAACCAAAUUAAAAACACUCAAAGUGCAAGUUUGCGGUUCAGGAGAUAAACCGGACAGUUGAAUUAAUCAAUCUUGUAUACAGUUAAAUCCGGGAGAUAUUGAUAACUUUUGAUUUGUAUACAGGUAUAAAAUUUAGAUUUUCGAUAUUUUGAGGCAAAUGAAAUUUUGCCAUACAUUCGUAAGAUAUGCAUACAGCUUCAUUUUUUUUUCUUAGACUUCUCUUUAGACUCAAAAUAUAGUUAGACCCAGCACAAACUGAACUCAGCUCAUACACAUACAUGUGACAGCCCAUGUGCGGGAGGCAAGUUCUGGGUUCACUUUGCUCUAGGUACGAUAUACUCAGAUGUCGCGAAAAAGUAUGGGAAAAUAAUAUAAAUAAAAAUUCUUGUUUUUGCUGGAAAAAAUAAAAUAAGAAUAUUAUUCCGAUCCCAAACUGAUCUGUGAAGAGAAUUUUAUAAACGUUAUUUAUCAGAGGCUAGAGGUAUCAAUCAUAGUUAAAAAAAACUUCAUGAAUUAUUAGAUUAUAAUUAUGUGUAAAAUUCAGUCACAUGGCAUAGCCGAUAACAAUGCUUGAGCAUAUUAUAUUGGUUAUAUCUGACCAAAAUAGAGAAUUUAUUGGGUGUAUUCAGGGAACUGAAGCACUACUGAUUCGGAUAAGCUGAUGCCGCGAUACAGCGCUGUCGUUUUCUGAAUGCCCUUACUGUUUGUCGGUGCCAAUUUCCUAAAUUACUGGCAUACUGUAACAAGGGAUAUGAAAUUAGAACCAAUUCAGUUUAAGACUGGCCAUCCAGAGGAUCUGUUUUCUUCCGAAAUAUCUGACGCAAAAAUAUUUGCAAUUCCAAAUUCGCUUUAUUAUGAUCUCCUUGCAGUUUUUGAAGAUCUAUCUUAAAACAAUUAAAUAAAAAAGGUUUACAAUAACAAUACUCCUUGAAAUGUUUUAGGACUUUGUUAACGGAUGCUUCAAGAAUAUGUAGGAACUUUGACAACCAUCAAAUACAUAUUAAAUGUAUUUCGAAAACCGUCAACUUUAGAAAAAAGUCCACCUUUUCUGUUCAGAAUGACAAAAAACGCUGGGAAUAACAAUGUUUGCAAAUCGUUCCCAAAAAUUGACGCAAUUUUGGACUUGGCAACAUACAGAUUCGUCAAGGGUCAUUUAGUAAUAAGAGCAUGCAAAAAUCGAAUCAGAUACUUCUUGGAUUAGUUCGGGAGACUUCGGACGACAAUAUAAAAAUUUGUAUGAUGCAAUGUUCAUAGAAUCUUAUGCAUCCACUGGACGACCAGCCUAUUGCAAACACUCAACGGUUAAAUCAAAUCCAGGAUGGCAAACUAUUUGAAAAUGUUAGAACACACACGCCUAUCUAAAGAGGUUCACUGAAAUAAGUGAUAUGACAAAAUUUGUCUCAAAAAACGUAUUUUUGAUGAAUAAAAAAUGUAGCGACAGUAUAAGAAAAUACGUUAAGUCUAUAACUUUCCUAGAAUAUAAAUAAAAGAUGUUAAAUUUCAGUUUCAAGAUGCGAGGAUUGAUAACAAAUACACCGUGUUCAUUUUAAACCAUUGAUUAACGUAUUAAACCUGAAGAUAGGCAACUUAAUGAUGUAUUCCUGCGUCAAUAAAAAAUAUCCGAGAUAUCCCGUAGCGUCAUCUAUGAGAAUUUAUAACUGCUGUUUAUAUCUAUACUUUGAAAAGGUGGAUGCCUCAUAGAUAGCACUGCCCCUAUAUGCUCAUGUAAUUGGCGACAACACCAUCUAUGAGAUAAUAACCGUUUCAAAGUACAUACAGUAAAUAGAGCUGUUACAAAUUCUCAUUGGUGACGCUACGCUUUUUGAUUUUAUCUCGCACAAUUUUUUGGACGUGGAAAUAUGACAUUAGGUUGGCUAUCUUCAGGUAGAAUAUGUUAAUCAAUACUAUUGCUAAAAUAUCGUAAUGCUUUCAUAUCUUUCACAGCCGUAGAUUUCGUAAUAUACCUUAUUACACCCGAUAUAAAACUAUCGUCAAACGUUCCCCCAUUCCUUUUAAUAAAUGUUAUGUUUUACAGUUUAUUUUUUUAUAUCAAUGGUAACACACUAUCAAUUAUGCAAUUUUGCACGGACCAAUAAGUAUAUAUGUACUAGUAAAAGAAAAUUGAAUAAAAAUAAUUGUCAUAUAUGUGGUAGACCACAACGAAUUAAGAUUAUUAUUCUGAUGUGGAUACUUUUAAGUAUUUAUUUGAAAUAUACAUGAAAUGCUCGUAAGUUUAUUUUUUCCUAAGCUUAUUAGAAUAUAGUUAUCAUUCCUGUUUGGUGUAGUGAGAAUCAAAGUUAGAUAUAUUUGUUAAGAUGUUAGUGCAAGAUAUUUAUAUUGAUUUAUAAUGUAUUAAAUACAAAAUAAAAAGAUGCACAUAACAAAAUCCAUAUCUGAAAUGAUAUAUACGACACGUAUCCAACAGGGCAAAACUCUGGAUGAAAAUAGGAAAAAUUCACCGCCAACAGUGUUAAUAAAAGCUGAUACUUAAUUUAAAGAAUAUUAAGAGUGAAUGCAUGGUUACUAUCGAGUUGUAACUGACAUCGUUGGACCAGAUCAAAGCAAAAACGAGAUACAUUUCCACAAAUCUUCAUAAUUCUUUGGAUUGUAAAAGGAAAACAUCCAAAAUUCAAAUCAAUUAAUUACAUCAAGUUUCAAAUAGAUACGGUUAUUCUAAACGAUGUUUUUGAAGUGUAUAAAUAUCUUGCAGCCAAGUACCAGUUAUUAGAUGGAUG